AUGGUUGGGCAGGAAAGUCGGCAACCAGUUCUUGGACAACGCAUAACCAGGGAUUCCUCAACCCAGAACCUCAAUCACCACGAAAAUCCAAGACAUCGUCAGGAUGAUACCAAAGUUGCAACUUCAACGAAAAAGGAUGAAUUUGAAUAUUUCGAGCUCGACCUGGUAAAGUUCGAAGAAGCUUACUUCGAAUUGCAUGUGGAUGCUCAAGAGUGGUCUAAAAGUGGAAGCGGUCAUCUACAGGUUCGCCAGAAAUUUGCACAAUGA